AUGAGACAACGGCGUUGGCUGGAAUUGAUCAAAGACUAUGAUUGCACGAUUGAGUAUCACCCAGGCCGAGCUAAUGUGGUUGCAGAUGCAUUGAGUAGAAAGACCACUGCGAACUUAGCUCACAUCAGGACGGCCUAUCUUCCGUUGUUAGUGGAACUACGGAAGGAUGGAGUAGAAAUGGAGAUGACUCAACAAGGUGGAAUCCUUGCUAGCUUGCAUGUGAGACCCAUUAUGGUGGAGCGGGUAAUUGCAGGCCAGUUGGAAGAUCCUACACUCUGUAGGAUAAGGGGAGAAGUAGAAAAUGGAACACGGAAAGAUUAUGCCAUAAGGGGAGACGGAGCCUUGGUAAAAGGAGCUCGUCUAUGUGUACCUAGUAAGAAUGCUGAAUUGAAAAGAGAAAUCAUGGAGGAAGCUCACUGUUCCACUUACACUAUGCAUCCGGGUAGUACGAAGAUGUAUCGGACGCUACGGGCAUAUUACUCAUGGCCGCAUAUGAAGGGAGACAUUGCCAAAUAUGUGAGUAGAUGUUUGAUUUGUCAACAAGUGAAGGCGGAGCGACAGAAGCCAUCGGGACUCAUGCAACCACUUCCGAUUCCUGAAUGGAAGUGGGAGCGUAUUGCCAUGGAUUUUGUUUUCAAGCUUCCACGUACUUCAAAGGGUCAUGAUGGAAUUUGGGUGAUAGUGGAUAGACUCACCAAGUCUGCCCAUUUUCUACCCAUUAAGGAGACCUAUCCUUAA